GUUCUAUUAGAAGAGAAUGCUGUACUUUCUACUUAGGUUUCCCUUUCAAACGUUUCAGGUGUAUGAAGCGAUCGACACCAGAGACGGAGCAUCUUGUGCAGAGCUGGUGUCCUUCAAGCAUCCUCACGUUGCAAACCCGCGGCUUCAAAUGGCCUCUCCAGAAGAGAAGUGUCAGCAAGUUUUGGAGCCCCCUUACGAUGAGAUGUUCGCAGCUCAUUUAAGGUGCACGUACGCGGUGGGGAACCACGACUUCGUAGAGGCGUACAAGUGCCAGACCGUGAUAGUCCAAUCAUUCCUCCGGGCAUUCCAGGCCCACAAAGAAGAAAACUGGGCUCUGCCGGUCAUGUAUGCGGUAGCGCUAGACCUUCGAGUAUUUGCCAAUAACGCAGAUCAGCAGUUGGUAAAGAAAGGAAAAAGCAAAGUUGGAGACAUGCUGGAGAAAGCGGCAGAGCUGCUGAUGAGCUGUUUCCGCGUCUGUGCCAGCGACACUCGUGCUGGUAUAGAGGACUCUAAGAAGUGGGGAAUGCUGUUUCUGGUGAAUCAGUUAUUCAAAAUUUACUUUAAGAUCAACAAACUGCAUUUGUGCAAACCCCUGAUCAGAGCAAUCGACAGCUCCAACCUGAAGGACGACUACAGCACCGCGCAGAGAGUCACGUACAAGUACUAUGUGGGACGCAAGGCCAUGUUCGACAGCGACUUUAAGCAAGCCGAGGAGUACCUGUCGUUUGCCUUCGAGCACUGCCACCGCAUGAGUCAGAAGAACAAAAGGAUGAUUCUGAUCUAUUUGCUUCCAGUAAAGAUGCUGCUGGGUCACAUGCCAACGAUUGAGCUUUUGAAAAAGUACCAUCUCAUGCAGUUUGCUGAGGUGACCAAAGCCGUAAGCGAAGGGAACCUGCUCCUGCUGACCGAGGCGCUGGCCAAGCACGAGACGUUCUUUAUUCGCUGCGGCAUUUUCCUCAUCCUUGAAAAACUGAAGAUCAUCACCUACAGGAAUCUCUUCAAGAAAGUGUAUCUGUUGCUCAGAACACAUCAGCUGUCUCUGGACGCCUUCCUGGUCGCCCUGAGGCUGAUGCAGGUGGAGGACGUGGACCUCGACGAGGUGCAGUGCAUCCUGGCCAACUUGAUCUACAUGGGCCACAUUAAAGGCUACAUAUCGCACCAGCACCAGAAGCUGGUGGUCAGCAAGCAGAACCCCUUCCCACCGCUGUCCACGGUGUGCUGAGCGCGGCGGCUGUCCCCGUGGUCCUGUUGGUGCUGACACACUCAGCCCCGCGGUGCCUGGACGCUGGGAACCCUCGCGGUGCACUUCCUGGGCCCCGGGCCUGAGUGUGCCCGCACAGCCGGGCAUCUCCAGCCUCCUUCGUCAUCUGUGAGGGACGCCAGCCUCAGGAAGGCCUGGAACUCUUUCUUCGGAAAACGCAACGCUCUGCCGUUUGGAGAAGGUGGCUUUGUGUGAAGGCAGCUCCAGUUUACUUUUCCUAAGUGUUGUUCCCAAAGGCUGUCUUGUAACUUUUGCAGCUCUUUCCGUAAAAAAGGUAUUCUGAAUUUGGUCAAAUGGCAUGUUCUUCAUUGUAUCUCCCCGGAUCCAUCUAUUUUUAUAGAUUAAAUUUGAAUAUCUUAUGUCAUCAAAAUGCUUGGUUAACUUAAAGCUUCUUUGUAAAAGCAGAAUUUAAUUUGAUUUAAAUGUUCCAGAUUUUGUACCUUACCUGUAUAGGUGCUCCUUCAUUUACGGCGGGGUCACAUCCAGUAGACCCACGGUAAGUUGAAAAUGCAUCUCUGCACUGACCCGCUGCAUGCUGCAGCUUUGCCCAGCCCGUCUGAAUCACGCUCAGAACGCGGUGUCGGCUCGGCGGGGCAGAGUCAUCUAGCACGAGCCUGUCUGACACGAGGUGCUCAGUGUCCCGUGUGAGCUGCUGACUGCUGCGCCGACAGCGGGAUCCGGUGGCUGCGUGGGGACUCGAAGCGCGGCCCCGACCGACCCGUGUGGCUUUGCUUCCUCACCAUCGCAGUCGGCA